GUUACUGGGAUAAGUGGAGAUAAGGUAAAACCGUAUAUCUACCAUCGAGCACCCUUUCCUACGUCCGCAUCGUGGCAAUACCUCUAGUAGAUCUGAUCGGCCGUGACCUGGUUUCAACAACACUGGAACAACAGAAGCUGAAAGACACCCGCACGCAAUCAUGGCUAACAACACUCCAAUUGCCGUCAUUGGCAUGAGCUGUCGAUUCGCUGGCGACGUCGACAGCCCAGAGAAACUGUGGAAGCUCCUAGCCGAGGGGAGGAGUGCCUGGUCAGAGAUCCCAAAGGACAGGUUCAACAUUGACGGCUUUCAUCACCCGAAUUUUGAAAAGCUGAACGGGACAAACGUUGUUGGAGGCCACUUCCUCAAGGAGGAUGUUGGUUUGUUUGAUGCCCAUUUCUUCAAUCUGUCCGCAGAGACAGCAGCAGCAUUAGAUCCGCAAUUUCGCCUGCAACUGGAGUCGACCUACGAAGCCCUUGAAAGCGCCGGUCUUUCAUUACAAGAUGUGGCCGGCUCUAACACGGCAGUUUUUGCCGGUUCCUUUUUCCGUGACUACCAUGAGAGCCUCGUCCGAGAUCCCGACUCGCUGCCAAGGUUUCUGCUCAUGGGGACGGGGGCGGCAAUGGCAUCGAAUAGGCUCUCCCAUUUCUUUGAUUUGCGAGGACCGAGCAUGUCGGUUGACACCGGUUGCUCAACAACUCUCACAGCUCUACAUCAGGGAUGUCAGAGCUUGCGGACAGGAGAGUCGAACAUGGCCAUCGUCGGCGGGGCGAAUAUCAUGUUUAAUCCUGACAUGUUCCUGGCAAUGUCAUCCAUGACAUUGAUCUCCAAGGAUGGCAAGUCGUACGCCUUCGACAGUCGCGCAAACGGAUACGGCCGCGGCGAGGGUUCGGCCACCGUAAUCCUGAAGAGGCUUGACGACGCACUCCGCGAUGGCGAUCCGAUACGUGCAAUCAUUCGGGAGAGCGGGGUGAACCAGGAUGGCAAAACCGAAACCAUCACCACGCCCAGCGGCGAGGCACAGGAAGCCUUGGUCCGUGACUGCUACCGGCGAGCCGGUCUCGACCCGGCGCACACGGCCUACUUCGAGGCGCACGGCACAGGAACGCCGACCGGAGACCCUAUCGAGGUGGCCGCCAUCGCCUCGGUGUUCAAGGACUCGAGGCCAGACGGCCAGCCUCUGAGAAUCGGGUCGGUCAAGACCAACAUUGGCCACACCGAGGCGGCGAGUGGCGUUGCAGCCGUCAUCAAGGUUGCGCUGGCGCUCGAAAAGGGUCAGAUUCCGCCGAGCAUCAACUUCAAGACGCCAAACCCAAAGCUCCACUUGGACGAGUGGAAACUCAAGGUGCCCACCUCCCUGGAAUCCUGGCCAGAACGGGAAGGCAUCAGGCGUGCCUCGAUCAACAAUUUUGGCUAUGGCGGAUCCAACGCCCACGUCAUCAUGGAAUCUCUCGAUUCUUAUCUCGCCUCCACCUCGAACCUGCCUCGGAUCGCUGCAUCAACAAAUAUUAGGAACGGAAAUGGCGUCAGCAACGGACUUGCGAAUGGGCAUGCAAACGGCCCAAACGGGAAUCCUAAUGGCCACCGCAAGGACAGCGCUGUCGGUCUUGAUGACGAUGUGGAUUUGACACGCUCCCGCAUUUUUAUCCUGAGCGGAAAGGACGAAAGGGCAACUCAAGCGAUGGCAAACAACUUAAAGGGCCACCUGCUCGCGACCAAGGUAGCCGAUGAGCAUGCCUUCCUCGAUAAUCUUGCUUACACGCUCGGCCACCGUCGGACCCAGUUCCCUUGGGUGUCGAUCUUUACGGGUAGCAGCAUUGCUGGCCUCGUAAGUACUCUCGAGUCCGGCAACGUCAAGCCUGUCAGGAGAGCAACGUCCGAAACUCUACGGCUGGGCUUUGUGUACACCGGCCAAGGUGCUCAAUGGUGGGCCAUGGGGAGGGAGCUCAUCGAUGCCUACCCGGUUUUCAAGGCGGCCCUACUUGACUGUGAUGCUCAGCUCAAGAAGCUAGGGGCUGAUUGGAAUGUAAUAGAGGAACUCAGCCGGGACCAGGAAACGUCGAGAGUCAACGAACUAGACUACAGCACACCUCUCUGCGUUGCUGUGCAGAUAGCUCUGACCGAGCUACUGCGCGCUUGGGGGAUACAUCCUACCGCAGUUACGAGCCACUCCAGCGGAGAGAUUGCUGCCGCUUACGCUGCAGGCGCCCUCGACCUCGCCUCUGCCAUGACGAUUGCAUUCGCGCGCGGAGGGUUGGCGUCAGAAGGAAACCGCCAGUUUGCUAGGAAAGGUGGUAUGAUGGCUGUCGGCCUGGGAGCAAAGGAUAGCGACAAGUACCUUUCGCUCGUGUCCAACGGCAAAGUCGUCCUGGCUUGUGAGAACAGUCCGAGCAGCAUCACCGUUUCUGGUGAUGUCUGCGGAAUUGAGGAACUCGAGGCUGUUCUGAAGAAGGACAACAUCUUCGCUCGAAGGCUCAAAGUCGACGCUGCCUGGCAUUCCCAUCACAUGGAGUCCGUUGCAGACGCCUACUAUGCAUCAAUGAACAACAAGAUCCGUCCCGCACAGGAUCAUCUCAACGUGGUCUUUUCGUCCCCCGCCACCGGUACUCGGCUGGAGGAUGUGGGAGAGAUCGCGAGCCCGGGUCACUGGGUCAGGAGCUUGACCGGUCCAGUGCGAUUUGUCGAGGCUUUCCGCAGCAUGUGUUUCGAAGCUCCCGGAAGCGAGCCGGCUGUUGACAUGGUUGUUGAAGUCGGGCCGCAUGCCGCGCUCUCUGGGCCCAUUCAAGACAUCAUGAGGAUGCCCGAGUUUGGGGAUAUCGAUAUCCCCUAUGCGAGCUGCUUGGUCCGGAAACAUAACGCCGUGGAUACGAUGCUCACCCUGGUUGGGAACCUAAUUCAGAGGUCCUAUCCGCUGAAUCUUGCCGCUGUCAACUUUCCGUAUGGGACGCACGGCUUGAAGGUCCUGCACGACCUUCCUCACUACCCUUGGAAUCACCAAGCCCGCCAUUGGAUUGAACCACGGGCUAACAAGGCGCUUCGCGCCAGAGCCGAGCGCCCUCACGAUCUGUUAGGCUCCCUAGUUCUUGGUACCAACUUGAGCGCUCCCUCGUGGAGGCAUUUCAUCCGCAUCAACGACGUGCCCUGGGUCAGGGACCACGUUGUGCAGGGCAACAUCAUCUACCCAGCUGCCGGAUACUUGUCGAUGGCCAUUGAAGGAGCGUCCUACCUUGCUUCUAGGAACGCUCCUGAUAGGAAGAUACAGGGCUACCAGCUUCGUGACGUCGACAUCCUCAACGCACUGGUCGUGCCCGAGACGGCUGAGGGCAUCGAGCUACAGCUCGCGCUGCGCCCAUGUGGUGACAGAGCGCUUGAUACCAGGGAUUGGUCGGAGUUCCAAAUUCAAUCGGUCAGUUCCGAAAAUAAAUGGACUGAUCACUGCAGGGGUCUUAUCUUGGUCGAGUACGCGUCUGAAGGCGAGCAAGGUGCCAAAACCACGAGACGGACCAUCGAUCAACCACUGGAAGACUCGGCGUACAGAAUUCGGAUCAGCCCACGGGACAUCUACGCCAGUUUAAGUGCAGGAGGAAUUUCCCACGGACCGAUUUUUCAGAACCUCAAAGCCAUUCGCGCCCGAGGCAAGCAGUCGGUCACGUCUUUCACCGUAGCCGAUUCCGAGGCAACCAUGCCGAAACAACAACAGCACCGGCACGUCGUGCAUCCGACAACACUCGAUUCCGUGUUCCAGGCUGCGUAUACCGCUCUUCCGGAUGCAGGUAACACAGUUGGAACUCCGAAGGUGCCCAGGUCGAUUCGCAAGCUCUGGAUCGCCCAUGAUAUCAGCAGUCAGGCCGGCCAUGCGUUCAAAGCUUACACGAACUUGAACCACCUUGAUAACCAGAGCAUGACCACCUCCAUUUCAAGACAACUUGGAAGCGAGCUCUCCGGCAAGGAGGCCCAGCUGUUGAUGGAUCUCCGCCGGGCUUGUCUUUUCUACAUUUGCCAUGCCCUUUCUGAGCUCACAGCAGCUGAUAUCAAGCGUCUCGACUGGUACCAGAAGAAGUUCUACAUCUGGAUGAGACUCCAGGUUGAGCUCGCACGAACGAACGAGCUGGCUCCGGACAGCAGCGACUGGGUCAAAGCUACUCCGAAGGAGCGGGCCAGACUCCUGGAGAAGGUCAGGACUGGCAGCACAAACGGCGAGAUCGUCUGCAAGCUCGGGGCAAGCAUCGUCCCCCUCCUCCGAAACGAGGUCACUGCUCUUGAACUGAUGCUCGAGGACGGUCUGCUUUCCAGGUACUACCUUGAUGGACUGAAGUGGGCUAGAGCGAAUGCGAAGCUUGCCGAGUUGGUGGCACUCUACGCACACAAGAACCCACGGGCUAAGAUGAUCGAAAUCGGCGGCGGGACAGGUGGCGCCACGACGCAAAUUCUGAACGCCCUUGGGAGAAGUGGCUCCCAAAACAUUGGCUCAUACGACUUCACAGACGUGUCUUCGGGCUUCUUCGAGGCGGCGAAGGAGAAGUUCAAGGACUGGAAGGGCCUCAUGCGUUACAGAAAACUCGACAUUGAGCAAGACCCUGCCGCUCAGGGGGCAGGCGAGGAGGAGGACCGCAAGUUCAGUCCGUCGCUGACAAUCCCUAUGUGGGACCGGGUGCUUCACCAAACUGGCUUCCGAGGCGUGGAGACUGAAGUGCACGACUGCGAUGAUGACGAGUUGUACUCGUUCAGCGUGAUGUCCUCGACCGCGGUAUCGGCCCCGCCGAAGUUCGGAUUUGACAUCGCGAUUGUCACGGCGGGACGAUCCAUUCCCGAAUCCUGGAUCGACCAACUGCGGCUGUCCAUUGGCGUCCUCACCUGGACUGUCCCAACCGUGCACACUCUGGAGGAUACACCAGCCGACGAGAACAAAGUCUGCGUUUUUAUUGACGACCCAGAAAAACCCGUCCUGGCCAACGUCAAUCAUGAGCAAUUCGAAGGGCUCAAGGCCAUUUGCACUCGGUCCAAGGGCAUGCUCUGGCUCACCCAUGGUGGCGCUGCGGCUUGCAAAAACCCCCUCGCCAGUUUGGCUGCAGGCUUCCUGAGAUCACUGAGGCAGGAGUACUCUGGAAAGCGUCUGGGAACGCUGGAUCUUGAUCCAUCCCAGUCUUUGUGGUCUUCCGAGUCCAUUCUCUCAAUUACCGACGUGUUUAGGCAUUUCUUCGAUGAAUCCGUGACCGAGAUCACGCGCGACUACGAGUUCGCGGAACGAGAUGGAGUGAUCUAUGUCCCGAGAUACUUCAAGGACUCGGAUCGGAACAAGGCCGUGUUCUCUAAGGCGACGGAGACUCCGACCCCGAAACUAGAGCCGUUCCUGCAGUCAGAUCGCCCACUCCGUCUCACGAUCGGCACGACUGGGCUUCUGGAUACGCUAGCGUUCAAUGACGAUCCUACGGCGGCGGAGCCCCUUCCGGACGACUUCGUCGAGGUGGAACCGAGGGCAUUUGGCGUCAAUUUCCGCGACGUGAUGGUCGCCAUGGGCCAGCUGAAAUCGAAAGUUAUGGGAUACGACUGUGCCGGAAUUAUCAAGCGAGCGAGUGCGGGAGCGGCAGCCAUGGGAUAUCGACCGGGCGACCGCGUCUCGGUUCUGCUGAGAGGACAUUAUGGCAGCAGGACCAGAGUGCACUGGAGCAGUGCGGUGCAUAUCCCCGACGAGAUGACGUUCGAAACCGCCGCAUCGUUGCCAACCCAGUUCGUCACAGCCUAUCUUUCCCUAUACGACAUUGCCAGGCUCCAGCCGGGCGAAUCUGUUCUGAUCCACUCCGCAACCGGUGGCGUGGGCCAGGCGGCAGUCAUGCUGGCACAGCGCGUCGGGGCGGAGGUGUUCGUCACAGUUGGCUCCGAAGAAAAGAAGCGCUUCUUGAUGGAGCGUUACGGGAUCCAGGAGGAUCACAUCUUCUCCAGUCGCAACACAUCCUUUGCUGCGGGAAUCAUGGAGAUGACCCAGGGCAAGGGAGUGGACGUCGUCCUCAACUCGCUGGCGGGCACUCUUUUGCAGGAGAGUUUCAAUUGCCUUGCGCCUUUUGGUCGCUUUGUGGAACUAGGCAAGCGCGAUUUCGAGGUCAACAACAGCCUGGCUAUGGAGGCCUUCACCAGGGCAGUAUCCUUCUCCAGCGUUGAUGUCGUCGCUUUGGGCGAGCGCAAACCAAUCCAGGCCAACAGGAUUCUCAAGCAUGUGGUUAAGCUUGUGGCUGCAAAAGAGAUUGACGCAGUCCACCCUGUCACGGUGUACCCGCUGUCAGACGUCGAAAAGGCCUUCCGCCUCAUGCAGGCCGGCAAGCAUAUGGGCAAGAUUGUCCUCUCGGUCACCCCCGAGACGUUGGUUCCGGUCGUCCCCCGCGCAGCUGGAACCAGGCUGCGUACUGAUGCCUCUUACGUCGUCGUGGGAGGGUUUGGUGGUAUCGGCAGAUCCAUCUGCCACUGGCUGGCAGAACACGGCGCCAAACACUUAGUUGUCAUUUCCAGGAGCGCCAAUUCUGCAGGCAAGAUCGAAAGUCUCCAAGAGGAGCUCAGUGCUUCAGGGAAUAAUACGGAUGUCACGGCCAUUGGCUGUGAUAUCUCGAACAUGGAGGAGCUGAAGAAGGCGCUCGAUGAGCACGCACGGGCGAGGAGACCACCUAUCAAGGGCAUUAUCCACGGAGGCAUGGAACUCAGAGACUCGGUUCUGGAGCACAUGACGCUCGACGAUUAUAAGGGCGCGCUAGCCCCGAAAGUGCAGGGCAGCUGGAAUCUUCACCAGUACUUUUCGGCACCUGACGACCUUGACUUCUACAUCAUGUUGUCGUCGCUCGUUGGUGUUACGGGAUUUGCCAGCCAGUCCAACUACUCGGCCGGCGGUGCUUUCCAAGACGCACUGGCUAGGUAUCGCGUCGAAGGCGGUUUACCAGGCGUGUCUAUCGACCUUGGCAUUGUCAAGUCGGUCGGCUACCUUGCCGACGACGAGCAGGGCAAGACGAUCGAGGCGCUCCAGCGACAUGGUUUCGCGGCCCUCAGUGAACGUGACGUCCUCUCGGCGAUUGGAUCCGCCAUCAAUACCCCCUACGCCGGGUCGCUCGCCCUCGGCAUCAACACCGGACCCACGGGACCCGCGGGACCCGGCGAAGACUCGGCGCUCAAACGGGACCUGCGUUUUGCUGGCCUCGAAUACCAGCAGCCGGCAUGUGAAAACGGUGGGAAAACGGCGGCGGCGUCUGGAGGCGGGUCAUCGCCCAACGACCUGGCCGCCCGGCUCGCCGCGUCAGCCACCCGCGAGGAGGCUGCAGGGCACGUGGUGGAGGGACUUGCACGAAAGCUAACAGACAUCUUCAUGCUGGGGGACGGUGACGUGGUGGCGUCCAAGUCGCUGGCCGACUAUGGGGUCGACUCGCUAGUGGCCGUCGAGCUGCGCAACAUGUUGGCGCUCAAGGCGGGGGCCGACAUGUCGAUCUUUGAGAUCAUGCAGAGCACAAGCCUGGCCGAGCUGGCGGGGGUUGUGGCGGUGAAGAGUCGGUUCGUCGAGUGCGGGUAAGCCGUCGACCAGGGGUAGCCCAGUUGGUUCUCUGGCGUCUGUCGGGGUUAGCAAGGGCUUGAUCGGGGGGUCGACGGAUGGAGAUGCAAGGGAAAUGCGCGCUGGAGACGGGGCGGAAUGUUGUCAGGAAUCUCCACCUCAGCACUUUGUGUGCGGUAAUCCGUGCACGCAUCUUAGGUUGCAUUAUCCGAUGGAUAGUAGUGGGGGGGUUCGUGGUUUACGCGGGAGUUAUCAGUUCCUGUACGGGUCAGAUGCGAGGUGGCGUUUUGUUUUCUUCUCUGAUUGGGUAUCGCCAGGGAGGCAGUCUGCGGUUGGGGCGUUCUUGGAUCUUUUCUGCUGUUGAGAAGAACACUUUGUAUGAAAUCCGUAUACUUUGGUGUGUGUCCGCACAUGCAUACCUGCGUGUAAUCCAAUAAGGAGCUAGUUCGCGGAGUUUUCACACUAUGGAUCUAGCUUGCAUGAGUACCCUGCCUGUUC